AAACAUAUCAUACUGCAACUCAAAACCAUGACAUUUCUUUAUAUGCUCCUGCUGCUGUCCGCAUUGCCACUGAUCAAAACGACAUCAAUAGCGCCAAGAAAACAAGCAGAAUCGCUCGUCAAAUGGAAGGACGGCUGGUCUUCAUCAUGGCCACUCAAUUCAUGGUCCCUCACCAACCUCAACAGCCUCUGCAAGUGGACUGCCAUUUCCUGCUCCCAAACCAGAACAGUCUCCAAAAUAGACCUCUCCAAUAUGGCAAUUGACGGAACACUGUCGCUUUUCGACUUUCCCUCAUUUCCAAAUCUCACCCACUUCAAUCUAAAUGGAAACUAUUUCGAUGGGCCUAUACCAUCUGAGAUUGACCAGGUAACAGAGCUUCAGUAUCUAAAUCUCCGCGACAACAGGCUCUCUGGUACCAUCCCUUAUCAACUGAGCAAUCUCAAAAAGGUACGGUACAUGGACCUUGGAUUAAACUAUUUUAACAAUACUGAUCAAGAUUGGUCAGAAUUUGCAGGCAUGCCCUCAUUGACCUACCUUGCUAUGUCUAUGCAACGUGAUAGUCUAUAUCAUUCAGAAUUCCCAGAAUUUAUAUCUCAAUGCCGGAACUUGACGUUCCUCGACUUGUCUCAAAAUAAAUUGAAUGGCCAAAUUCCACCUUCGAUAGGCCAACUCAGGGAGCUCCAGUACCUUGAUCUUUCAUACAACUCCUUAAGCUCUUCUAUCCCUUCUGAGCUCGGUCUUUGUACAAACCUCACCCACUUGUUCUUGGCUUUCAAUGAACUCAACGGGGAACUGCCUCUGUCCUUGUCCAAUCUGAACAACCUCGUCGAAUUGGGUUUAGCUAAUAACCAUAUCUCUGGCACGAUUCCACCUUCGAUAGGCCAACUCAGGGGGCUCCAAUACCUCAAUCUUUCAUACAACUCCUUAAACUCUUCCAUCCCUUCUGAGCUUGGUCUUUGUACAAACCUCACCCACUUGUCCCUGGCUUCCAAUCAACUCAACGGGGAACUGCCUCUGUCCUUGUCCAAUCUGAACAACCUCGUCGAAUUGAGUUUAGCUUAUAACCGAUUUUCAGGCACGAUUCCGGACAAUAUAGGUUUGAUUUCUGGUCUUCAAAGUAUUGACCUGAGAAUGAAUCAUCUGGAAGGGAAAAUUCCAUCCUCUGUAGGCCAAAUCAGGGAGCUCCAGUACCUUAAUCUUUCAUACAACUCCUUAAACUCAUCAAUCCCUUCUGAACUUGGCCUUCGUACAAACCUCACCCACUUGUCCUUGUCUUCCAAUAAACUCAAUGGGGAACUGCCUCUGUCCUUGUCCAAUCUGAGCAACCUCGUUGAAUUGGGCUUAGAUAAUAAUCUAUUUACUGGUCAAAUCCUUCCUUCUCUGGUCUCCAAUUGGAUUAAUAUGGAAUCUUUGCAACUUCAGUCCAAUGAACUCAGUGGGGAGAUUCCGACGGAAGUUGGAAAUAUGAACUUUCUGUUGACGCUCAAUCUAAGAAGGAACCACUUGACAGGAGUGGUCCCUCAGAUUCUAGGCAAUUUAGCUCUGCUUAAGCUGCUCGAUUUGUCACACAACCAUCUUUCGGGGCAAAUCCCAUCAUUUGUCAACACGAUUUUUCUUCGUGAUGUUAAUUUUUCUUAUAACAACUUGACUGGCCGAAUCCCAUGCGUUUUCCAAUGGGCACCAGAAAAUGCUUUUGUUGGAAACUCUGGGUUGCAUGGGUAUGUAGACUCGUGUGUAGACAGUAUACCCCCUCGGCACAACAGAAAUUUCAAAAAGGAUAACAAAAGAGUUCUAAUUGGUAUCCUUGUGCCUGUUUGUGGUUUAUUAAUGGUUACAACUAUCAUUGGUCUUAUGUUCCGUAAAAAAUCCAGUCUCGUUUUGAACAAAGUCAACACUUCUGAAAACUUUGAGAGUUUGGAGUCGAUGAUAUUGCAAGAGGAAGUAAAGUUUACGUUUGCGGAAGUUGUGAAGGCUGUAGAUGACUUUCAUGAGAAGUACUGCAUUGGGGUAGGAGGGUUUGGAAGGGUUUACAAGGCAGAGUUGCAAUCAGGCCAAGUUGUUGCAGUUAAAAGGCUUAACAUGUCAGACUCUAAUGAUAUUCCAACAAUCAAUCUCCAUAGCUUUCAGAAUGAAAUCCAAACUUUGACAAGCAUCCGGCACCGGAACAUCAUAAGGCUCUACGGCUUCUGUUCAAGAAGGGGUUGCAUAUUCUUGCUUUAUGAAUACUUAGAGAAAGGAAGCUUGGGAAAAGUUUUGUAUGGAGUUGAAGGUGUUAAUGAACUCGUUUGGGCAACUAGAGUCAAAAUUGUGCAAGGACUUGCUCAUGCACUUUCUUACUUGCACCAUGAUUGCUCUCCACCAAUUGUGCACCGUGACAUAACCGUUAACAAUGUAUUGCUUGAGUCUGAUUUCGAGGUUCGUCUCUCAGAUUUCGGAAUAGCCAGGUUAUUGAGUACUGAUUCAUCCAACUGGACAGAUAUUGCUGGUUCAUUUGGCUACAUAGCACCAGAGCUUGCAUACACUAUGCGUGUUACGGAUAAAUGUGAUGUAUAUAGCUUUGGAGUGGUGGCGCUCGAAGUCAUGAUGGGAAGGCACCCAGGAGAUAUGCUAGAGUCCCAGCUACAAGAAUCAUCAAAAUCAAGGAGGGACAAUGUAGAAUUGCUCCUGAAAGAUUUGUUAGACCAAAGGUUGGAACCGCCAACCAAUGAAUCUGCAAAGGCAGUGGUGCUCGUAGUGACAAUGGCCUUGGCUUGUGUACGAACGUGUCCAGCGUCCAGACCUACGAUGUUAUUUACGGCACAAAAACUCUCAGCUCAAACCUUGCCUUGCCUUCCCAAACCAUUUGGUAUGUUGACAAUCAACAAGCUAAUGGCAGUAUAAAUAAUAAAACAAAAAAGAAAAAGAAGAAAAGGGCGAAUAGCUCAAACUUCCCUUUUGUAUUCCUGCCACUCGCAGUUCCAUCUAAUUUCUCAUGUAAUACAUCUUCAGUACUGUAAUACUCAUCUGUAUGAUUUGUCGAAUGUGGAUUAAUGUGUGAUGAAUUUUCUUAAUCGUAAUUGCAUUAAACCGAUAAUCCAUAAUGUGUCAAAAUAACUCCACAAUUAAUAAAAAAACUUGAAUUAUGGAUUUGUGUCCUUCCUC